AUGAGAUGCAUUCAUAUUGGUUUACUCUGUAUUCAAGAAUAUGUAGUUGACAGACCAACCAUGGCUACUGUUGCACACAUGCUUAAUAGUCAUUCUCUCACUCUCUCAAUACCUUCCAAACCUGCAUACUUUAUGGGAAGUGGACCUAAAAGUCUACCAAAUAUGCAACUACUGCUUGACGAUGCAUCUGUAAAAAGAUCGAAUGAAUCUAUUAACCAUGUUUCGAUUACUGAACCAUACCCUAGAUAA